AUGGAUGUGAAAGAAAGGAAGCCGUACCGAUCUUUGACCAGACGCCGUGAUGCCGAACGCCGCUACACCAGUUCCUCAGCAGAGAGCGAAGACAGCAAAAUACCUCAGAAGUCCUACAGCUCCAGUGAGACUCUGAAGGCCUAUGAUCAGGACUCUAGGCUGACAUACGGCAAUCGGGUUAAAGAAAUGGUACACCAAGAGGCGGAUGAGUACUGCCGAACAGGGGCCAACUUUUCUCUGAGGGAACUGGGCCUCGAAGAUGUCACCCCUCCACAUGGGACUUUAUACAGGACGGAUAUAGGGCUGCCCCACUGUGGCUACUCCAUGAGUGCUGGCUCGGAUGCAGACACUGAAGCCGACGCCAUUAUGUCACCGGAGCAUCCGGUGAGGCUCUGGGGGCGCAACACCAAAUCGGGCCGCAGCUCGUGCUUGUCGAGCCGGGCCAACUCGAACCUCACCCUCACCGAUACCGAACACGAAAACACCGAAACCG